UGCAUAUAUAUGUGUGUGCUCUUGUCCCAUAAAUCAUACAACAUACACUAGCAAAUAUUGUCCAUUUGUCCUAUUGGCCAUGGCUUUUAUGUGGGCAACACUGUUUUUGGCUCUUAUUGUAUUUUUCAUCUUCCAUAAGUUACUAAAUAUCAAGAACAAGAAAAAACUUCCUCCUGGUCCAAAAGGGAUUCCAAUAUUAGGACAUCUCCAUCUUUUAGGUGAAAAUCCGACUCAAGAUUUCCACAAAUUAUCCCUAAAAUAUGGUCCUAUUAUGUACCUGAAAUUAGGACUAGUACCAACUUAUGUUAUAUCUUCCCCUGAAUCAGCUGAAAAAAUCCUCAAAACAUAUGAUCACGUCUUUGCUAGUAGGCCUCAUAAUGAGACAGCUCAAUACAUCUCAUAUGGCCAAAGAAAUUUGAUUUUCUCUAAGUAUGGAGCUUACUGGCGUAACAUGAGAAAAUUGUGCACGGUCCACUUGUUGAGUAGCCAGAAAAUUAACUCGUUUCGAUCCACGAGGAGUGAAGAACUUGCGCUUAUGAUCAAAUCGAUCAAAGAAGUAGCUCGUGGUCAUGGUCAUGUUGCUGUUGAUCUUAGUGCUCAAGUUUCGUCGUUGAGUGCCAACUUGAGUUGCUUAAUGGUUUUUGGUAAAAAGUUCGUGGAUGAGGAUUUGGACAAGAGGGGUUUUAAAUCUUUAGUUCAAGAGGUUACAACGCUAGCUGCAACACCAAAUCUUGGAGAUGUUUUCCCUUUUCUUGGUGUUAUUGACCUCCAAGGACUUACUCGUCGAAUGAAGGACACUGCUAAGGUGUUUGAUGAAUUUGUUGAGAAGAUUAUUGAAGAACAUGCCCAUGCUAUGGACCAGAAGGAGGACUUUGUAGACACCAUGAUGGCCAUCAUGCAAUCUGGCGUAGCAGAGUUUCAGUUUGAUCGUCGCCAUGUCAAAGCUGUCCUGCUGGACAUGCUUGUUGCAUCAAUAGAUACAUCAUCAAGUUCAAUUGAGUGGAUGCUCUCAGAGCUUCUCAAGAAUCCUGAUAUAAUGAAUAAACUCCAAAAAGAGUUGGAAGAAGUAGUAGGCCUAAACAGAAUGGUGGGAGAAUCAGACUUGGAAAACUUAAAAUACUUAAACAUGGUAUUCAAAGAGUCAUUUAGGCUACAUGCUGCAGCCCCAUUACUACUUCAUGAAGCAAUGGAAGAUUGUAUGGUUGAUGACUUUUACAUUAAAAAAGGAUCACAAGUCAUUGUCAAUGCAUACACUGUUCAUAGGGAUCCUAAUUAUUGGCCCGAAGCUGAUAAAUUUAUGCCAGACAGGUUUCUUGAAAGUAACGUAGAUGUUCGCGGACGGGAUUUUCAACUUUUACCAUUUGGCUCUGGUAGAAGGAGUUGCCCUGGGAUGCAAUUAGCGUUAAUUAUUGUUCGUCUUGUGGUGGCACAGUUAGUUCACUGCUUUAAUUGGGAGCUCCCAAAUGGCAUGCAGCCUAAGGAUUUAGACAUGACUGAGCAAUUUGGUAUAGUGACUGGCAGAGCCAAACAUUUGAUGGCCAUUCCUACUUAUAGGCUACAACACAACUGAUUUUGGGAAAUGGAUUUUGAUACAUCUAGUUGUAAUAAAGUUACUUUACUGCUUUAAUUUGAUUGAGUACUUCUUUGUAUGCACUUGUAAUAGUACGGAAAAGACUAGAAUAAAUAUGUUAAUUGUUUUUUUUUUUUUACUUCUAAUAAAUAUAUACAAACUUUUUGUUU